GACUCGUUAUCAGAUGUUUAUCCUCAAAAUAAAUGCCGGGUAUCUUCGAACUGCUGAUCAUAUCGACUUUCCCUAUACUAGCUACUGCAUUCCAUUGUGUCUAGUUUGAAAUGUAGUCUUUGGCGGUUUUCAGAAAGAUGAAUAUUUAUCGCAUUUCGAGACGGUCUUCGAUGCCUUGGAUUCGGUCAGCAACAUGAAAAAUGGCGAUGAUGACGAGGGAAAAAUUUCAGGUAAUGAGGCUGCAUAAUUUUGUCGUCUCGCAUCUUUAUCACCAUGGAAACUGGUGGGUUGGAGCCUACCUGUGUCAACUACUCAAAGCAGGAUGGAUCGGCAGAAAAUGAAGAAGAAAUGCAGGAUAGCUCAGAAGACGCCAAGGUCAAUCUUGAGGUCAAGGGAACAGGAACCGAGCAGAAACCUGGGAAGAACGCAGUCAGUGAGGACCUCCCAACAGAGGGCGUCACGGAAGAUGUUGCUAAGGCUGGUGCCAUGGCAACAGAGGUUAAUCUUGGUGAUGAACAAGGCGACUUAGAAGAAUCUGCAUCUAAACAACGGGACGCCAGUUGUGAUAAGCCAGUGGUGCCAAUGGAGAUUGUCAAGAGUUCUUGGGCUCCUGAGUCCGGUGUGAUUGAGUUUUCCUUAAAUGCAGACACAGAAGACAAGGCAGGCUCUGUUUUCCACAUCGUCAUCGAUCAGCCGGCCACAACUGCCCAAACAAGAAAUCAGGAUUCCACCAUCACAUCGGCCAGUGCCCAACCUCCAAGAGACAGUGCCAUCGCGGUAGAUUCCUUAACUGGCCAGGAUGCCACAGCUGAGGCUGCCAGGAGGUCUGGCGUUGAGCAGCCCAAACAGGCAGUAGUGGAGCUGAGAGAGGUCCCACCCAAUUGCCCGACCUGGGCCACCCGACUCAAAGACUGUGAGGAAAUUGGCAAUUCCUACCGGGGCUAUGUGGAAAGCGAGGUGGAGCUGGAAUUCUUGCUGACCUACCACAGGCAACAGACGGGAACGACGUGGGGUACCAGACAGUCGCCCAGCACGGCCCGCGAGUCCAAGCGUCUCAUGUGGAAGUCCAACUACGUACCGUACGAUGGGAUACCAUUCCUUAAUUUGGGGAGUCGAGCUAUUGUCAUGGAAUGUCAGUACGGCCCUCGACGGAAAGGAGGCCCUCACAAAAGAGCGAGUGAGAGUCCCAAGAAAGCUAGUAAGGAGGCCUGUACAUGCCCUGCAAGAAUUUACGUCAAGAAAGUGCGGAAGUUUCCAGACUUCCAGGUUGAGGUUUCGCUGGAAGCAGACAAGAUGACCCUCAAGCGACAAAUGGAUAAAGUGUUCCAAGUCAUGAAAGAAGUAGGCGUGGACGAAAUCCCAGGGGUGGAAAGAUAUUAUGUUCAGCUUCCGACCAACGCUGCCCACCAGUACCACCGGACCCCCGAAUACCAAAUCAAGAAGGAUCCAGUGAACUUUGACGCCACGGCCAGGUCCCGGUUACACCCGGAGCUUUGCGACAAGAUACAGGAAUUAGUCGCCAACGGGGAAAUAAACGCUUACAUCAUCAGGCAGAUUUUAAGGGCCCAUGUGAUCCGCACCAUGUUUUCCGGAGCCAGCAUCCCCGAGAAGCACAAUCUGUUCUACUUCCCGACCAUCAACGACAUCAAGAACCACGUUUUGCUGGCGAUAGCAGCGAUCGAGAGAGGAGAAUUAGAGGCCAUUGUUCCAAUCACAAUUACCGAUGCCCGUGCCAUUACGGAGCCCCCACCCUCCUCACUGACCUCAGCUCAGAUGUCCUUCGGGAACCAGUUGUGGGAUUCGGCAGAGGACCAGGAGGAUGAUUCCAAGAUCAGCCCUCAGACCCAGUCAGUCACGGUCACUUUAACCCAGAAUGCCGACGAGGGAGGGAGUUUCAUCUCGCAGGUGGAGACCCAACUGAGCGACGGCACAACGUUCAUCUCAGACUCACUCACCCCAGAGACAGCUAGGCUUCUCUCUCAGAUCAACCAACAUUGCCAGGAGGUUCACGGGUCAGAUGAGGAUGCUCUAUGUAUGCAUCAGAUUGUUUCUAGUGAGCAGGAAGAAAUGGACCAAUCAGACAGUUUGUUAGAAGAACCCAAAUCAAUCACAUCCGGGCUCAACCAAUCGGAAGAGGAGAUAGAUGUUCAAAAGAAUGACCCAACACUCAACAGCCAAUCGGAUGCCUUGAUGGGUCUCACCGUCGACGCAUCGUCUGAAGACGGCCAUAACCAAUCAGACAGACUCCUGCCCGCCGAGGAUAACACUGCCCAAUCAGACGCCUUGUUAGAAGCAGCUCAUAGCACCCUGGGCCAAUCAGAGGGGCUCUUAGACGACACAACAACUGUGGGGGCUAUUGGCCAAUCGAAACACUUGUUGGACACGGAUCCAACAGCCAUUGACCAAUCAGGUGCUUUGUUACACAGCAGUGAUGAAAUCAACCAAUCAGAUACGGACCUUGGGUCAUCUGGAUCGUUGGAGGCCAGAGCAUUACUGAGUGACAUUGAACAAGACGCACCUGUAAGCAAGCGUGCAAGAUUUGAAGUAUAGCAAGACGAAAAUCAGUUUCGUUGAGAACAUUGUACCAACUGAAACUUUUUGAGUGUACAGUAGAAAUUGACUUAUUUAAAUAUGCAAAUUCAAAUUAUGCGGAUACAGUUACAACACAUUUUGUGGAUGUGCUGUACUUCUGCAGUGAUGCAAAUUUUCAAUUGCCAUAAAUUUCACAUUUUGUCUAAGUCCUUUAUCAAAUUAAUUUUCACAUUUUGAUGAAAUUCUGCAUCAUGUGAAUCAAAUGUUUAAUGUGUUUUUUUUGCCUCUUAAACCACCUAAUGGUGUGGACCAUUCCCAGCACACUACACUUCUAUCACGAAGGCCCCCUUCAAUGGCGAAAGCAUUGUGCUAGCUAUUGUUCAAAAAAUCUGUUACGGGGCAGUUGCUUUGU